AUGCCCGUAAAAGGAGAAUUGAAUCAAGGGAAAGUUCCCGUAAAGUUGUGGACUGAUAUCGAGACCACAGAAUCGUCUGCUCUCACUCAGCUAUCAAACGUCUCUAAGCUACCUCAUGUGUUCAAACAUGUAGCAGCCAUGCCUGAUGUUCAUACAGGCUACGGAGCUACUGUAGGCACUGUUCUAGCUUCCAAGAACAUGGUUAUUCCUGCUGCUGUAGGUGUAGACAUUGGAUGCGGAAUGAUGGCUAUCAAGACUCCCCUAUCUAAAGAUAAAGUCCAAGAGAAGAUCGAGCUUAUCAGGAUGCGGAUUGAAGAGAUUCCUCUAGGUCCUGACUCUAACGCUAAGAUCACUCGCACAGGCCGAAGACUGGAAGGGUUGGAGAGAAAAGAGCGUAAGAAGAGUCGGGACAAGGAUAUGUUCCGUAAAGCUCUCAAGCAGUUGGGUAGUUUAGGUGGGGGUAAUCACUUCAUCGAGAUAUGUCUUGAUACCGAAGACAACGUGUGGGUCAUGCUUCAUUCUGGCUCCAGAAAUGUAGGCAAGACAUUAGCAGAACGUCACAUGAACAUAGCCAAAGGUAUGAUCAAGCAGAUGGAUGAAGGUAUCCCUGACGCAGAUCUAGCAUAUUUCUUAGAGCAUCAAGAUGAGUUCAAUGCUUACUGGUUCGACCUUAAGUGGGCUCAGGACUACGCGUUUCAAAACCGUAUCGAGAUGAUGGACAGGGUCAUGGCUAUCCUAAGCAAGACGGUAAACGACAAGAAGCCUAUCAAGGAGUUGAUGAAGGUCAACUGCCAUCAUAACUACGUCUCUAACGAGCGCCACUUCAACGAGGAUGUAUAUGUGACACGUAAGGGCGCUGUCGCAGCACAUGGUGGUCAGUACGGCAUCAUCCCUGGAAGUAUGGGCACCAAGUCAUAUAUCGUGAAGGGAAGAGGCAACGAAGACAGCUUCUGUUCUUGCAGCCAUGGAGCUGGUAGGCGCAUGUCGCGUAGCAAAGCUCGUAAGACUUUCACUGUGGAAGAUCUUGAGGCUCAGACUGCCGGAGUAGAGUGCAGGAAGGAUUCUAAGAUUAUAGAUGAGAUCCCUGGAGCAUACAAGGACAUCGAUGUAGUUAUGGAGAACCAAAAAGAUCUAGUCGAGGUUGUAGCUCAGAUCAAGCAGAUCAUGUGUGUGAAGGGAUAA